AUGUUAUCAUUAUUGUUAUUAUUACUAAAUGGUUGUUCAUGUAAUGAUACUCCAUUCAUUAUCAAUCGAGUUAAAAAUGAAGUGGAAUUCUCAGAAUUACUGUUAAGAUAUAAUUAUGAUCAUGCUGAUAAUCCUUUCAUGGAGGUGACAGUAAGUUUUGCAAUACGCCAUGUAAUUCUUCAUUCCGAUACAAUUUCUUUAUCGUGCGAAAUUUUUCAAAAAUGGCGAGAUUCACGUCUCAAAUAUGCUGGCUUUAAAUCUAUUACUAUUCCAAAGGGUAUUAAAAUUUGGAAACCUGACACAAACUUCUUUGAAUCUAUUACGACUUAUGGAGCAGAAUCACUUCGUUUAUACGCUGAUGGUACUAUUUGUUGGAAGCAACGAGCUACUUUAACAUUUCCUUGUAUUUCGAACUUUGUUUUUAAACAAAGUGAUUUAUCAAUACUGAAUUGUUCGUUGAUUAUUGGAAGUUUCGACAAUUCAGGAGCGGAAUCAAUAACAUACAAAGUGGGUGAUAUAAUUUUACCAUCGAAUUUAAUGAAUCCGUCAUAUGCUAUCCUUGCUAUGAAUUACACAAUUGCAACAUUUGAGGAAGUUGCACUAAAUAGUGAAUCAAUGAUUCAAACUGUCAUACAUUUCUUUAUUGAAUCAAAUCAAGUUGUUCGAUCUUUCAAUAGAACAGAAUUUUAA